UAUAAUUCACGUUUCUAAGGCAAACAUUGGCGGUGAGGCGUCUUUUAUUUUCUAGCAGUAUUCCUCAGAGAAAGGAAACAAGGAUUCGCUUGGGCCUGUCAUUUCCCCAAACUGACCUUCUACUCGCAGCGGUUCCUUCGAAAGAGUGAUUCAACCAAAGUCUCCACAACAUGUUCAUAACAGUGAAAUUUGCAGAUGACAAAACCGAACUUUUCAACCCGAAUUGUAGAAAUUGCCUACUGCUGAGUAAUAUCAAAGAAAGAUGUGACUGUGAAGAUGACGAUUUCAUCGACCUCUCUGAUGAAAGUGGAUCGCUAAAGAAUCUUCAAAGUCACCCAAUGGAUUAUGGGACAAAAUACUUGAAUGAAAGAGAGAUUCUUAUUCUUGUAAAAGGGGAAAAAACAGACGGAGAAAAUAUGACGUUUGUACCGUUACUGGAAGGAAUGGAGACAAAUAAGGCAUUUCUCGAGCGGCUUAAUCCACCACCACCAAAACCAGAGAAAAUCCGCUCAACAGCAAGGGAUUCCCCGAGCAGACUUCAGGUUGAAGGGGCACGUGGAAAGAGAGCGUCACUCGCACCCAGGCCGAAACAAAACCAAUUGGCACCUCCGGUGAGCUCCUCAAGGGCCCUUUCCCCGGGAAGGAGAGGCAGCAGAAUAAGGAGCCAAAGUGUACAGCUAGCGCAAGCCCCAUUAAGUUCUUCGCUUAAUUCAGCAAGACGUGCUCGGUAACCUAUAUAUGGUAUUUUUAUCAUUAUAGCUUUCUUUCGAUGCAAGGAUUACAAGAAGAGGUAUUUUUUGGCAUAAAAGUGAUCCAUGUUAGUUUGUGAGUGACAGUCGAGUCUCAACGUUAACUCCGGCAGAUAAUUAUGGUGUGAGCACAAAGUAAGGUUCCACAUACUACCAUAGGAAGAGGAGAAAAAGAGUUUUCCUUUGCUAGAUAUUCGCCAGGAUUGCUCCAAGAAUUUUCUCGCCGAAACUUCUCCUUACUCCACACAGAAAGGUCUAUCCUGAUAUCGUAUAAAGAACUGUGUAAAUUGUUCAUCCUUGUCCAACACGGACAUGUCAGUUUUUUUUCAACAAGGAGGCUCGUCGAACAAAAACUCAUAUUGGUUUUCCAUCUACACCACGCCAAGAAAAACAUUUCAACCAAAUUUUACAGGGUUUAAAAGAAAAUACUCAUUACCAAAAGAAACUCAAGGUUUUCAAAAUAUUUCGUCGUUCUUUAAUAAAUAGAGGCUUGAAAAUAAAUAACCACUUUAUA